CCGCCGACAUGGCCUCCGCCGUCGCCGUCGCCGGGGCCGACGACUACACCUUCGCGGCCGAGUACGACGGCCCGCCGCUCCCCUACUCCCUCCCGCGCGCCAUCCCGCUCGACCUCUCCCGCAUCCCGCUCGCCGCCCUCUCCUCCCACGACGACCCCUCCGACGACCCGCUCCCCGUCGUGCGCCCCCUCACCCCAUCCUCCCUCUGCUCCGCCAUCCACGCCCACCAGCAGCAGGCGGCGCCAGGGGGGCCGCCUCCUCGCUCCUCCUCGGGGCCCGUCGCCGACUCCCCCACCUCCGUCAUCGAGAACCACCACGCCGCCGCGCACCACUCCGCCGAGCUCCCCUCCUCCCCCUCCGACGACGAGGAAGAUGCAGGGAUGCCGUCCGCUCCCCACCAGCCCACCGCCUCCUUCGCCGAGACCAGCGGCUCCCUCCUCCAAUCCUCCCCCUCCUCCGAGGACUCCUCCUCCGACGAAGCCCCCUCCUCCCCGCUGCCCCACCCCACCGCCACCGCCGCCGCCCGCUCAAGCGGCGCCCUCUCCCCGCCCCACCUCGACGCCCCCAACCCCCGCUCCGGCUGCUACCGGUGCGGGAAGCGCGGCGGCAUCUGGGGCGGCACGGAGUCCUGCCUGGCCUGCGGCGCGCGGUACUGCUCCUCCUGCGUGCUGCGCGCCAUGGGGUCGAUGCCGGAGGGCCGCAAGUGCCUGCCCUGCAUCGGGCGGCCGGUGGCCGAGUCGCGCCGGGGCGCGCUCGGCCGCGGCUCGCGCGUGCUGCGCCGCCUGCUCAGCGCCGCCGAGGUGGACCUCGUCAUGCGGAGCGAGCGCGGGUGCAAAGCCAACCAGCUGCGGCCCGAGGACGUCUACGUCAACGGGGCGAGGCUGGUGCCGGAGGAGCUCGCGGCGCUGCAGGGGUGCCCCUGCCCUCCGGCCAGGCUCCGGCCCGGGUUCUACUGGUACGACAAGGUCUCCGGCUUCUGGGGAAAGGAGGGACACAAGCCCCAUUGCAUAAUAAGCCCAAAUCUAAGUGUGGGAGGUAAUUUAGAUGAAAAGGCGAGCAAUGGGAACACCGGAAUCUUGGUAAAUGGACGUGAGAUUACAAAAUCUGAGCUGCAAAUGCUUAAGUUGGCAGGAGUUCAAUGUGCUGGAAAACCUCACUUUUGGCUGAAUGCUGAUGGGACUUACCAAGAGGAAGGCCAAAAAACUGUGAAAGGGAGGAUUUGGGAUAAGCCCAUAGUGAAGUUGCUUAGUCCAGUCCUGUCAUUGCCAACUCCAAACAAAGCGGCUAAUCAAUCUGGUGUAGAGGCUCCUAGUUCAGGAAGUCGACCUGAGUACUUGGAGCAAAGGACGAUUCAGAAGCUUUUGUUGGUUGGAUCAGGGACCAGCACCAUACUCAAACAGGCUAAAUUCUCAUACAAGAGCAAACCAUUUUCGGUGGAUGAGUGUGAAGAUCUCAAACUUAUCAUACAAAGUAACAUAUAUCGCUACCUUGGUACACUUCUUGAAGGCCGUGAACGGUUUGAAGAGGAAGUUUUAGCUGAUAGAAGAAAAAUCAACAAAGACGAUCCUUCUAGCUCUGGGCAUUCUGGAUCGGAGUUCUGUGCUGAAGUUACUGAGUACUCCAUUGUUCCGCGUUUGAAAGCAUUCUCUGAUUGGAUCCCGAAAGCCAUGGCAAUAGGUAAUCUUGAAGACAUUUUUCCUGCAGCUAGUCGUGAAUAUGCACCACUGGUUGAAGAACUAUGGAAAGAUCCUGCUAUUCAAGCUACAUAUAGACGAAGAAGUGAACUGCCGUUCCUUCCGUCUGCUGCCAGUUACUUCCUUGACAGGGUGGUUGAUAUUUCUCGAACAGAAUAUGAGCUCUGUGAUAUGGAUAUCCUCUACGCUGAUGGAAUAACAUCAUCAGAUGGAUUAGCAUCUACAGACAUCUCUUUCCCACAGCUGGCUUUGGAUGUGCGGGUUGAUGAGCCUGAUCCACAGGACACGAUGUUAAGAUAUCAGCUGAUCAGAAUAAGCAAUAAAGGAUUGCGGGAGAACAGCAAAUGGCUGCAGAUGUUCGAUGAUGUCAGGCUUGUCAUAUUCUGUGUUGCGGUUAGCGAUUAUGACGAGUACCAUGAGGAUGUGAAUGGAACCAUUGUCAACAAGAUGGUAGAGAGCAGGCAGCUAUUCGAGAGCCUCGCCCUUCACCCGACAUUCGAACAGAUGGAUUUCCUCCUACUCCUGACCAAGUUUGAUCUCCUAGAGCAGAAGAUUGGCAAAUCCCCACUAACCGCAUGUGACUGGUUCAGUGAAUUCACCCCGCUGGUAAGCCGCAAUCUGAUCAAUGGAAGCAGCAGCAGAAGCACACGCAGCAGCAACACUGGUGCGUCGCUGGCACAGAUGGCUGCACAUUACAUUGGCACGAAGUUUAAGCAGCUGUUCCACUCUCUCACGGAGCGGAAGCUGUAUGUGUCCUACGUGAACGCCCUGGACCAGGAGUCGGUCUGCUCGGCGAUCCGCUAUGGCAGGGAGAUUGUCAAGUGGGAGGAGGAGAAGCCCGUGUUCAACUCCAGCGAGACGGUGUACAGCGGCGAGGAGCCCAGCUCCUACUCCCACUGACCAUGGUGAGCCUUUGCUUGCGUAUGACGAAGACGAAGAAGAGGUGUAAAUAGUUGUGCAUUUCCCUCCUCUCCCGGCGAUGACGACCUUUUGUUAGAGCUUUGCCCAUUUUCGUCCUUUUUUCCAUUUUUUUGGCCUGAUCAUUUGCUUGUAUUGUAUUGUAUGGUUUGUUUGUUUAGCUGUUCACAAGUAGAAUGAGAUGCACCAGGGCUGCCUGAUUCCGAUUCUUGUAUGUAUUAAUUAUCAUCUGCUUUACACGGUGACGAGAUCGCCUGCA